AUGACGCAUAGAGAACUAGCCAUCUGGUGUAAAGGUAAUGGCGAAUGGACUAAUGCGGGUAUGCGUACUGCAUAUCAGCAUUACGACUAUGACCUUGAUAGAGAAACUGAAGAAGUGAGCGAACAUAUUAAAAUCCGUGGUGAUAAGUAUGGUGAUGGUCAUGGUAAAUAUGAAGUCUUUCAAUAUGAGAUGAACAUCACUGCCGAAGAAUUUAAUAUAGCUAUAGAUAAGUUUAAUUACGAAACAAAUCAACAAUGUUUAAGCUGGUUUCAAGAUUAUAAAGAUUUUAAAUGGGAUUCUGAACGAAAAGAAGCAUUAAAGAAGAUUGGAUUAAAUCACAUGGAUUUUACAACUGAUAUAGAUCCGGAUGAUCCAGAUUACGCCGCCAUUUUUGAUAGAGAAACUUAUAUUGAAUUAAUGUUCAAUAUUGUAAAACAUUAUGUACCAAACUUUGAAUGGAAACCUUAUACUUUUGAUAAAGGUCCGGGUCGUUUAUGUAUUGAAGGAAAGGCAUACGGAUUAUUUGAUUAA